AUGAAUUUUUUCAAGAAGGAAAUUGAAAAAGAAGUUACUAGCCAUAGUCAAUCCAAUUCCGGUGGUGCUUCUAACGCGGGCAAUCAAGGGAUAGGAGGUGGAAUAUUAGGUGAAGUUGAACAAGCUGUGGAAGGAGGAUUCAACUCUAAUAAUACUGCUGGUAACACAAAUGAAUUAGUUAGUGAUAUAGAAAAAGUCGCGGAAACAGCAUUGAACUCAAAUUCUGGUGGUAGUGGAGGACUUUUGGGUGAUGUGGAAAAAUUCGCAGCUGGGGCUUUGAAUUCUAAUUCAGGUGCUGGUGGUAAUGGAGUUCUGGGUGAUAUUGAAAAAGCCGCUGUAUAUAAACUCGAUGAUUUAUAUGCACUACGCAACAUUUUCAAAAACACAAAUCAAAUCAAGAUGAGUUUUGUUCGAAAUGCCGAAGAAGCCUUCGUCGACAAUAUGGCUGAUCGUGUAAUCAACGAUAUUGUUCCCGGUGGUAGCGGUUUGGUGGGUGGUACUGUUCAAACUGGCGUGGAUCAAUUUGUGAACAAUGACAUUAAUCGAGAUUUAUUCGGUGGCGGACUCGGAAGUGGUGGUGCACCGACAAAUGGUGGUGGAUUUUUCUAA